AUGAGCCGUUUCCUGAAUGUACUCCGUAGCUGGCUAGUUAUGGUGUCCAUUAUUGCCAUGGGGAACACAGUGCAAAGCUUCAGAGAUCACAGUUUCCUCUCUGAGAAACUAUACACUGGCAAACCAAGCCUCGGUAAGAUGCAUAGGUUGUCAUUUUUGCACUCAAGAAAUGCUGGAACCUUAAUCCUGGGUUAUCUUGCCUGAGCUCUGAAAAUUUUUGUUCAGAUUUCAAAAUAACCCACCUUCUGCUUACUUAAACUUCUAGAUGUGGCUAGUGCUAUUUUUGCUUGAACAGUAACAGCUUGAAGGCCACUAAACAUGUUACAAAUUUAGGUGAAACACUCUGUGUACCUUUGGUAUACCAAAACGUCAAUGAUGUGUAAAAAAAGAGGCUUGUGUUUGUUUCACUAUUUGUACAUGAAAUGGAGAGCAGGAGCCCAUUGUAGCUUUCUGGAGCAUGUGUAUGUGGUGAAAUAAAUAUAAGACCACAUAGUUGCAAGUGUGUCAGACAGCCCUUAGGAACAUAGGAUGCAGCUUUAUACCAAAGUGAUCCACUGGUCCACCUAUCUCGAUGUGAUUUACUCUUACUGGCAGUGGUUCUUCUGGGUUGCAGACUUAGGAAUUUUCCACCCCUACUUGGAGAUGCCAGGGAUUGAACCUGAGACCUUUUGCAUACUAUGCAUGUGCUCUGCCAUUGAGUUAAAGUCUUUUCCAUUAAUCUCCCUUUCACCCGUAGUGAUAUUCUGCCACCUCAUAAUGCAUUAUCGCAGAAGAUAGUGCAGUUCCAUAUCCACAUUGGAGUGGUCUCAAGCAUUUACUGCAGUACUAAAACGAACAUUUUCCAUGGGUCCUUAUGGGCUUAUUUGCUUCAAAGUGAAUGCACAGUUCCACAUGUCCUUUGAUUCUACAAUCAGCCAAUCCACUAUAUUUCCCCAUCUAAGAAAUACAAUCUCAGACACUUACGUAAUACAAUUAUACUCACAGUACAAGAAGAGUCUAGCAAAUCCUGCCAUGUUAUGAGCUUUGGGCAUUUCCAGAUUUUAUGGUCCAUCUGAAAAGACUGUGCUGCUGGCACGCAACCACCAGAUGACAUCAUCCCAGCAAAACUUCCCAUUGCAGACAAUCACUGUUGAACAGCAUUCAAGCCACUAACCAGAAUUGUUAGUAAAAGGUAUCUCUUGGCCCAGCAAGUGCAGAUAUUAUGGAUGUCUUUUUAUGCAGAAAAGACCUUAUGAUAGAGGCAUAGGCACCUAUUGAAGCACAUUAUCAAGCUCUUCCACACCAUUUUGAAUUCACUGCCACCUUUUCUAGAUUUUUGUCCCCUUCAAAGUUAUACAUGCAUUCCUGUCCAAUGCUGAAUAGCUCAUCUACAUUUUUUAAGACUAGUCCUUCCAUCCCAAACACAACCACGUACCCUUAUGUGUAGAUCUUCUGGCUUCAGCUAAAGUACCAGUAAACCAAACUUCAAGUAAACAAGUAGUUUUAAUUAAUUGCCAGUAGCAUUUUCCCUGCUCCAUCAUUUGGAAAUACCUUGACCCCUACGACGCUUUCCAACUCCAUUAGUCUUGAGCCCUAUCCAUACCUACUGCUUAGCUUUGCCUAGACUGGGAGAGUAUCAGAAAAGAUAGUUGCCCCCCACCUGUAUAUACAUAAAAAUGUAUGGAUGUCAUACUGCAGUUCAUGUGGCUGCCUUUGUCAACUCCACCAUGAUGGCAGGCAGGUAGACGACUUGGUGGCAGGCAGCCUAGGCAAGCUGUUUAAACGGGAGGAUGUGCUUCACAGAGCGAUUUUGCAAACCACUUUGGAAAGCGCUUCCCAAAUGGUCGUCCCCCUCCCACCAGUAACCAUGGCUGCAAUAAGGCUUAAUGGAGAAGGGCAGGUGCUUCACAGAGUGGUUUGUUAAACUGCUUGGUGAAGUGCCUGCUUCGUUGUUAAACAGGUUUCCUUGGCCACUUGCCUGCCAUCACGUUGGAGUUUGCCAAACUGCUCUGCAAAGCCCCUGACCCCUCCUUUAAAAGAUGGUGUGGCCUGGCAGGAGCAAUGGGCAGAGGGGCUUGGGCUGAACUGUGGAGGGAGCUGUGAGGGGAUGGGUAAGGGGUCAGCGAGCAUAAAGAGAGGUUGGUCAUGUGUAAAGGGAGGAGGGGUGGACAAAGGGGUUGGUGGGGUUAGUGAGCGGAGCAAGCGGGGCGACAGACCCUAGUAAUUCUAUAUUUGUUAUCUCUACACAGUAAAUGGCCUCCAGGCUCGGACCUUUGGCAUUUGGACCUUACUCUCCUCUGUAAUUCGCUGCUACUGUGCCAUUGAUAUCCGCAACAAGACGUAUGUAAACUAAAUGCUAAAGGGGGGGGGGGGCGGUUGUCUUACCCACCUCCCAAUCAUGUACACACUUAGGUGCCACAGCAACUCUUUUCUAUUCCCCUAUAGCUGGGGUUGGUAACCUGUGGCCCUCCAAAUGUCGUUGGACUCCACCUUCCAUCAGACACAGCCAGCAUGGCCAUUGGUCAGGGAAGAUGGGAGUUGUAGUCCAACACUUAUCUGGAGGGCAAUGGUUUAUUUAUUUAUUGGUUUUUAUACCACCUUUUUGCCAAGGCACUAGAGCCGAUUUACAAUUUUACACAUCUUAUACCAGCAAAUGAAAAUAAAACCCUCCCCAUGCCCUUCUUUUUCCUUCACACGUGGCUGAUGGUGUUGGUUAUAUGGGAGGAGGGAAUAAUCUGGCUGGUGCAGACCCUCAUGGUGUCACUGCCUGACUCCCUCCCGGUUAUCCUAAACUCUUUUAUCACGCAGCUUGUACAGUUGAGGCAACAGUUGAAAUGCUUCAUUCGCACAGGCAUGAAGGAAAGACUGUUUAGCAUAAUACUGAUGCAAGAUCAAAAUGUAGGUAGUUAUUCUAUAGCACAUGUUUGUUUAGAGGUCUGGAAUAAAAAGUGGAAACACUCUAAUUGGGUAUUCGCCCUAUCUUUUGGUGAUAUUUGGAUAGCUCGCAAGUACACUUUCAGUCAUCUUCUGUUGGAAGUUGUUUUUGGAACUUCUAUUCCAUUCAUAUAUUUUGUGUCAGUGAUUUCCAAGAAAGCCAUAUGCAUGAAUGGACUGAGCUUAUGUUUCUAUUUGGCUUGACUUCAGCAUUAGCUUGGCACUGUGUGUGCUAAGAGACCUAGUUUGCUUGUCUGAGAGGUCAGGAGAGCCUCUGCGGGAGGCUUAAGAUGGGACAACAGUCUACUGUCUUGGUCUUGAACUGUCAGUGGAAGGCUUCCUGUGAUAAAAAUAACAAACUGUUAAAGGAGCAGUUGAUGGAUAAAUGCAAAGAGCUUUUGAAGCUGGUAACCUUUUUAUAAAAGAAAAGCAGGUGGUAGCAUUUGAGGUCUGGUUGAAUAGUUGCUUGGAGAAAUUUAUAAAAAUAGCAAGUUGGGCAUAUGGGACCUCUGUAAGGAAGCACAGCUCAGAGUUCACCCACAAUAGCUUUCAGUCCUCUGCAAUAGACUGCCUGCUCCUGAUCUUGACAUUUUAAAAAAUAUACCCCCACAAACCCCUUUCUCUUGUUGCUUGCAUUUUCAUCACUCUUUCAUCUACAUUGACAGGGUUCCCUUCCUUUGCCUUCCUAUUCCGCUGGCAGAUGAAGCAAAGUGACAGUGAAGCACACUUACCAGAAAGUUAAAUUGUACUGAAAUCAGUAAGACUGACAUGUUUAUAAGCAUCAGGAUGAAGACCAUUCUUCCUCCUUUCCCCCCUUGCCCUCCAUCAUCCCAGUCCUGGUUAAAGCGUCCUCAGUUACACGAAACUGACCAUUUACACAAUUUGCAGUUUGAUUUUAGUUGCACGAUCUGCUUUAUUUAUUGCAUUUCUAGAUCAACCUUUCCUCCACAGAGCUCAAGCUGGCAUACACAUUUCUCUCCUCCACAUUUUAUCCUCACAACAACCCCGUGAGGAAGAUUAGGCUGAAAGAGUGUGAGUGGCCCAAGGUUACCCAGUAAGCAUCAUGGCUCGAGUUGGGGUUUCAACCUUGAUGGCCUAGGACUGGAAAGCAAAUGGCAUACAGUUUAUAAACAUACCAGAGUUUUUGUUUCUAUUUCAUAUAUUUAUUUAAAAUCACCAUGAUUGACAUAAUACAUUUGCAAACACAAUUUAAAUGUCACUUAUUUACAGAGAAAGAUGUGGACUUGAAAGCACAGAUUAAGUUUCACAGGGCAAGGUUUUUGGAUUGCAAUUCUUUUUUAAACUGCCAGUGCUGCAAACAUACUUAAAGUAAAAUGUAGCCAUUUCGUCCUCAUUCAUUAGUAAUACUUCCAUGGCUUCAAAGCACUAUGCUGUCCCCAUUACCCUCUGUGCAAGCAUAACUGAUAAGAGUUUAGCUGAGGAGUCUGUUCCAGAGAUGCAAGCCAGUUCACCCUCCUUCCACUCUGUUGGCUCGACAGGAAUAAUGUGUGAAAAGCCACAGUAGCUCUCUUUUUUUUAUCAUCGAAGUUGGCAGCUUCAUCUCCCAUUUCCCAGAGUGGCAAGGAGCUACAUGCUGAGAGGGAGCUAUUUGUACUGUGUCAUUCGACAAGGUGAGGUGUACUUUUAAAGGAGAACGGGCACUCGGUCUGUUUGCUUCCCCAGAGUUACGCGGCAAGUCUGAAACCUGUCCCCAGUUCUUUUCCAAUUGUGAUGUCAAUUUAGCCCUAAUAAGAAGAGGGAUUUAGAUAAUACCAAAGUAAUUUUUUACCGUGCAGGUGAGUGAGCAAUGCUGGGAUGUACUUCUGGGAAGACAUAAAGGGUUGUGCUGUAUGUGUAGGUUUUCAACAUUUUGAUGGUAAAUCGAGGGUCACUUCAAACCUGGUUAUUCUCGAAGUCACUAUACUUUUAAAAUAAAAAAAUCCCAGUUGAUUUUUAUCCAUUUUGCUUUAACCAAAGCAAUACCAGCUACCACAACUUGGUACACCCCUUGCCAUCCAUGCUGUUAAUCCUAUUAAUCAGCCUGGGGAAGGCCAUAUAUCCCAUGUGGUGACUAGUGGGUGGAAGAUGGACUGAACCAGCUCAUCUGAAUUACCAUUUGAGCAACGAAGGAGGCUCUCUGUCAUUUCCAAGAAAUGCAGAAGCCAGUCUAGCAUGUAGCUGUAUUACCGGAUAGCCAGUGUGGUGCUUUCCAGAUGUUCCUAGACUCCAACUUCUAUUAUCCCUGACCACUGGCCAUGCUGGUGGGGUCUCAUGGGAGUUGGAGUCCAACAGCAUUUUGAAGGCAUCAUCAUAUUGGCAUAGUGCAAAAAUUGAGUGUGUUUGCUUUGUGUGUUUUUUGUCUAAACUCCUUGACUCUUAAUUUCUUUGUCGGCAUCUCUCUGUGGCCUGCAAUAAUUCUCAUUUUUUUGUUCUCUCCGGCAGCCUCUAUAACAUCACACUUUUGACCUUCUUCCUUGCCCUCGGCCACUUCCUCUCUGAAGUGUUUAUUUAUGGCACAGCAGCUGCAACAAUCGGUGUCUUGGCACCCCUAAUGGUGGCAAGUAAGUAGAGCCCAUUCUUUGGUGCUUGGCUUGUUAAAGCUGUAGCCUGCUUUUCCCCUGAGAUCAUAAACUUACCUUCACAUUUUCCCUGCGAUGGGUUGGUUGGACAGGCUAAGUGACAGUGAUAUGGCCAAAGCCAGCAAGUAAGCUUCAUAACUGAACAGAGCUGAAAUGGGGGCUUUAGUAACCAAAUGCAAUUAGUGUUCAGAAAGUGGGGGGGAUGAGUGUUCAGACCCCUGGGCUCUCACUUGUGGGGUGCCUCAGGGUUCUGUCCUCUCCCCCAUGCUUUUCAACAUCUACAUGCAGCCGCUGAGAGAGAUCAUCAGGGGGUUUGGGCUGGGUGUCCAUCAAUAUGUGGAUGAUACCCAGCUCUACCUCUCUUUCAAAUCCGAACCAGUGAAGGCGGUGAAGAUCCUGUGUGAGUGCCUGGAGGCGGUUGGAGGAUGGAUGGCGGCUAACAGAUUGAGGUUGAAUCCUGACAAGACAGAAGUACUGUUUUGGGGGGACAGGAGGCGGGCGGGUGUGGAGGACUCCCUGGUCCUGAAUGGGGUAACUGUGCCCCUGAAGGACCAGGUGCACAGCCUAGGAGUCAUUUUGGACUCACAGCUGUCCAUGGAGGCGCAGGUCAAUUCUGUGUCCAGGGCAGCUAUUUACCAGCUCCAUCUGGUACGCAGGCUGAGACCCUAUCUGCCCGCGGACUGCCUCACCAGAGUAGUGCAUGCUCUGGUUAUCUCUCGCUUGGACUACUGCAAUGCACUCUAUGUGGGGCUACCUUUGAAGGUGACCUGGAAACUACAACUAAUCCAGAAAGCAGCAGCUAGACUGGUUACUGGGAUUGGCUGCGGAGACCACAUACCACCGGUCUUGAAAGACCUACCUUGGCUCCCAGUACAUUUCUGAGCACAAUUCAAAGUGUUGGUGCUGACCUUUAAAGCCCUAAACGUCCUUGGUCCAGUAUAUCUGAAGGAGUGUCUCCACCCCCAUCAUUCUACCCGAACACUGAGGUCCAGCGCCGAGGGCCUUCUGGUGGUUCCCUCACUGCGAGAAGCCAAGGUAUAGGGAACCAUGCAGAGGGCCUUCUCAGUAGUGGCACCCACCCUGUGGAACACCCUCCCACCUGCUGUCAAAGAGAACAACAGCUACCAGACUUUUAGAAGACAUCUGAAGGCAGCCCUGUUUAGGGAAGCUUUUAAUGUUUGAUUCAUUACUGUAUUUUAAUGGGCAGGGUAUAAAUAAUAAAUUAUUAUUAUUAUUAUUACACCUCCUAAAGAUAUAGAAGAGGUAGCAAUGUCCUCUGCUCCCUCUCAUUUUCCAUCUGUCUCAGGUUUCUCCAUCCUGGGUAUGCUGAUUGGGCUGCAGUAUCUUGAAGUAGAAGCAACAUCGCAGCUCAAGAAACGGAACUGA